AUGAAGUUCCAUUUUGGAUUAAGUUUAUUAAGUAUGUAAAAAACAUACUUGCAAUCACAACAACAGAAAUUGAAUAAAGAUAUCCAUCUAUUUCAAAACCUUCUGCGACUAUAAUAAUGA